CGACCGGUCAGAGCAGAGACCACAGCAGAAACGCAGCAUAGCCGGAAAAAAUGGUGAACUUCGUGGAAGCUCAGAAGCCACUGUUGCAUGGGUUGAUGAAAAUGGCUGGAAUUAGACCUCACGCCUUUGAGAUCGAGCCCGGCACGGUCAUGAACUUCUGGGUCCCUAAGGAGACCAUAAAAAAGCCAAAGAAACACAAGAAAGCCACCACCACUCCCACCUCCGCCGGCGCCGGCGGUGUCACCAACAACAACAAGUACGAGACCGUGAAACACAAGCCCAACAAGCCCGCGGUGGUGCUCAUCCACGGCUUCGCCGGCGAGGGCAUCGUCACGUGGCAGUUCCAGGUGGGUGCCUUGACGAACAAGUUUUCCGUGUACGUGCCGGACCUCCUCUUCUUCGGCGGCUCCAUCACCGAUAGCAAGGACCGGUCGCCGACUUUCCAGGCGGAGUGCGUCGCAGAGGGGCUCAGGAGGCUCGGGGUGGAAAGGUGCACGGUGGUUGGGUUUAGUUACGGCGGGAUGGUGGCGUUUAAGAUGGCGGAGAUGUUCCCGAAGCUGGUGGAGGCGAUGGUGAUUUCCGGUUCGAUAUUGGCGAUGACGGAUUCGAUCAGCGCCGCCACGCUUCACAGCCUAGGAUUCUCCAAUUCAUCGGAGCUGUUGUUGCCGACAUCUGUUAAGGGUUUAAAGGGGCUUCUUAAGGUUGCUGCUUACAAGAAGUACUGGUUCCCUAAUCGCCUCCACCAAGACUUCCUUCAGGUAAUGUUCAGCAACAGAAAAGAAAGAGGUGAACUGCUGGAAGGGUUGAUCGUUAGCAACAACGAUGAUGUCGAUACUACCACUCACUUUCCCCAGAGAAUACAUCUUCUUUGGGGUGAGAAUGAUCAGAUUUUCAAGGUCGAGCUAGCUAAAGCCAUGAAAGAACAACUAGGAAGCAAGACAACAUUCGAAGGCAUAAGGAAGGCAGGUCACCUGGUUCACCUGGAGCGACCUUGCGUCUACAACAGGUGUCUCAAGAAGUUCCUUGUUUCCCUCCAAGUAGAUAAAGCCCGAAAGUGAUAACAAAGCUUCAGUUCCAUCCCGUCCUAAAUAUCAAAACGUAUGUUCCUUUUUUUUUUUUUCGAAAGCCAUAUAUAAUUUCCUAGCUCCCCAGCCUGUAACCUUUACUACAUUAGCACAGUUUGGAAUGUAAGCAUAUGAAUGAGACCUUGGAAUAUAAUGAAAUGGAUUUAGCACCUGACCUUGGUUAGGUGUAUAGAAUAAUA